AUGGAGCUCGGGGGCUGCCCAGGCUUGGGCGUGGCCCGGGGAGUGCUCUCGGCAACCCCCGAAACGCGGCAGGAGCGGAGGACAGGGGUCGAAGAGGGGGCUUCCGGCCCUGGUGCUGUCCGAACCCGCCGUUUCGUGUUAUGUCUCUACUUGGUGGGCUUCCUGGAUUUGUUUGGUGUAAGUAUGAUUGUUCCUUUAUUAAGCCUUCACGUCAAGUCUCUUGGAGCAAGCCCAACAGUUGCUGGUAUAGUAGGCUCCACCUAUGGCAUCUUACAACUCUUUUCUAGCACAUUAGUGGGCUGCUGGAGCGAUGUGGUUGGAAGACGGUCUUCGUUGCUGAUGUGCAUCCUCCUCAGUGCUCUGGGUUAUCUCAUGCUGGGAGCGUCCACCAAUGUGUUCCUCUUUGCUCUCGCUAGAGUCCCUGUGGGUAUUUUCAAGCACACACUCUCGAUCUCCAGAGCACUGCUUUCUGAUCUGGUUGCAGAGAAGGAACGGCCACUGGUAAUGGGACAAUUUAAUACAGCAUCGGGUGUGGGUUUCAUCUUGGGCCCCAUGGUUGGUGGAUUUCUUACUGAACUAGAUGGUGGAUUUCAUGUAACAGCCAUCAUCUGUUUUUCUGUCUUCAUUCUGAAUGCUGGUCUUGUUUGGCUAUUUCCAUGGAGUAAAGUAAAAUUCAACACUACAAAGAACAGCCUGCAAUUGGAUAAGAACCAAGCACUUUCAGAAAAGGCACAAUAUAAAAUGCAAGAUGCAACCACAGUCUGUGGGGCCACCCCAAGUGAGAAGAUGCCUCGGCGCCCCUGGAUCGAAGUCACAUCAGCAUUAUGGGACAUUAGAAGCCUGAUAUUUUGUGAAAUGUGGGACAUAUUUUUAGUGCGCUUGCUGAUGGCUGUAGCGGUCAUGCUGUACUAUAGUAAUUUUGUCUUGGCCCUCGAGGAGCGUUUUGGGGUGAGGCCCAAGAUGACAGGCUACCUGAUAAGUUACAGCAACGCCCUGGGGGCCCUGGCCAGCUUUGCCUUGGGACCCGUCAUGAGGUUGUACAAGCACAACUUGCACAUGAUCCUGCUGCACUCCAGCCUUCUCACCUUCAUGCUGCUGCUGCUCUACUCUAUGGCUCACAACAUGGGUAUGGUGGUUUUCUCUUCUACCCUCCUGUCCUUCUCCACUACUCUUGGCAGGACUUGUAUCACAGACCUCCAGCUGACCGUGGGUGGGGCACAGGCCAGUGGCACGCUCAUAGGUGUGGGGCAGUCGGUUACAGCGGUGGGCCGCAUCAUCGCCCCUCUCCUGUCAGGAGUUGUCCAGGAGGUUAGCCCUUGUGGCCCACCUAGUCUGGGGGCAGCAUUAGCUUUAGUGGCUGUUUUCAUCAUGUCAGUAAAGAAACCUCGCUAUAAUGAUGACAGGAGUGGCAAAUUAAAAAGUGAGUAA